UUAUAUUUAUACAACUACAAGUUUGAUUAGGAAAAUGCCACCAAGAUCAAAUUGCAAACUGCCACCAAAAUCUUCAUUUAACCAUAUAGACUCAUACAAGGAAAACCAGGAACAAGAGAGAAAGUAAUAAAAUAUAUUUUGAAGCAAGAAGAACAUUGUGUAGUGUAGUGUAGUGUAGCUAAGUUAAGGAUUAGCAAAAUCCCAACCCAAAUGAAGAACCCUUAUUACUCCUUUAUUUGGGUUUCGGCCUCCCUUGCAAUCCUCCUCCUAGCUCUUUCUCUAUCUUACUUCUCCAAAUCUCAAUGGACCUCCUCUCCCAUGCCCAUCACCGCCGAUUUCAUUCUCACCAAUGCCCUCAUAUUCACCAGCGACGAUACCAUUCCUUUCGCUGAUUCCAUGGCUAUCCGCCGCGGAACACUUCUCCGAGUUGGCAACUACUCCUCUCUAAAGGCGGUGGUGGGUUCUGGUACAAAAGAGUUGAAUCUAAAUGGAAAAAUUGUGGUGCCUGGGUUUAUUGAUUCCCACGUGCACUUAAUCUCGGGUGGACUACAGUUGAUGCAAUUACAAUUCCGAGGUGUAAAUAAAAAGGACGAGUUUGUGAGGAGAAUCGCAGAAUCAGUACAAAAUAGAAAACCAGGUUCCUGGAUUUUAGGUGGCGGUUGGAACAAUGAUCUAUGGGGAGGAGAUUUGCCAACUGCUUCUUGGAUUGAUGAUAUUACUCCAAAUAAUCCUGUUUGGUUACCAAGAACUGAUGGUCAUAUGGGCUUGGCAAAUUCAGUAGCACUAAAGUUGGCUGGGAUUAAUAAUUCAUCAAAAGAUCCAGAUGGCGGAACCAUUAUGAGAACUGCGUCUGGAGUACCUACUGGAUUGUUGAUUGAUUCUGCUAUGAAACUUGUUGUGUCCUAUGUUCCUGAGCUUUCUAUUGAUCAAAGAAGGGAAGCUUUGCAAAGAGCCAGUAGUCUUGCCUUGAUGAAGGGGGUUACAACUGUUGUUGAUUUUGGAAGAUAUUUUCCUGGAACCUCUGUGGAUCGUCCAUGGGAAGAUUUGUCAGAUGUUUAUCAGUGGGCUGAUUCUUCCGGGAAGAUGAGGAUCAGAGUUUGCUUAUUUUUUCCAUUAGAAACUUGGUCACGUUUACGUGAUGUUGUUAACAAAGUUGGGCAUUCUAUAAGCAAAUGGAUUUACUUGGGUGGUGUUAAAGCUUUUGCUGAUGGUUCUUUAGGCUCUAAUAGUGCCAUGUUUUACGAGCCAUAUGUCGAGGAGCCUCAAAAUUACGGUUUACCAGUUGCAGAUUAUGAAAAGCUGUUCAACAUGACUUUAGCUGCUGAUAACCAUAUGCUACAGGUUGCCAUUCAUGCUAUUGGUGAUAGAACAAAUGACAUGAUCCUCGAUAUGUAUGCAUCUGUUAUUUCUAAAAAUGGAAUAAGAGAUCGAAGAUUCCGGAUUGAGCAUGCCCAGCAUCUUGCACCUGGGACUGCAGACCGGUUUGGUGAACUGGGGAUUAUUGCUUCAGUGCAGCCAGAUCACCUAUUGGAUGAUUUUGAAUCUGCCACAAAAAAGCUUGGAUUUGAUAGGGCUCAAAAGGGUUCUUAUUUGUUUGGUUCACUUCUAAGUGGCAAUGCUACGCUAGCAUUUGGUUCAGAUUGGCCUGUUGCAAACAUAAAUCCUUUAGGCGGUGUCAGGACUGCAAUGACUAGAAAAUCUCCUGCAUGGGAAAAUGCGUGGAAUCCCUAUGAAAGUAUUUCGGUGCAUGAUGCAUUAAAGGCGCACACCAUUUCGGCUGCUCGAGCAUGCUUUCUUGACAAAGAUAUUGGAUCUUUAUCGCCGGGUAAACUUGCAGAUUUCGUUGUUCUUUCAACUGACUCGUGGGAUGAGUUUGCUUCAGUAGGAUCUGCAUCGGUUGAGGCAACUUAUGUUGCUGGAAUACAGGUCUAUCCCUCAUAGACAUUUUUAUCUUCAAGGUGAAGUAUGCUGCUGGUACAGAGAAGAGGGAGGAGAAGAAGGUGAAGUUGAUGAUCAUCAAUGUUGUGCUAUAUAUAUAUUAGUGGAAAAGCAAUUUACUUGCUCUUUGUAACUUUUAUUAGUAUAUCAAAAUAUUUUGGAAAGUACACAAUUCCCUCUUUAUGCUUUUGUUUUGUAAUUGUAAUCAUAUCAUACUCUUAAAAACUAUCGAGUGACCAUAUAUGCUUUAAUCAGUGAAAAGUUUAUCAUAUUGAGAGCUAUCUGGUGCUAGUUCCAUUAUGCUAUUAAAAAAUAUUGCUUGAUUA